AGAUUCGAUUUUAUGGCACAAAAAUAAAGCGAAACGCAUGUUUUUAAUGUCCACUUGUCCAGCCGUGGACUGCGAUAGGUUGAAGUGAGAGUAUAACAAUGUCAGGAAAAAAAUGCAAACAUUGUGGGUCUUCAGAAAUAGAAGUAGAUCCAGCGAGAGGUGAUGCAGUGUGUACGAACUGUGGAUCUGUUUUAGAAGAUAACAUAAUAGUUGCGGAAGUAGAAUUCCAAGAGAAUGCACAUGGAGGUGCAUCGGCGAUCGGGCAGUUCGUGUCAGCGGAAACCAAGGGAGGUGCUUCAGGGUUUGGAAGAGCGUUUAAUGCUGGUAGUGGACAAGAGUCAAGAGAGGUGACAUUGAGAAAAGCUAGAGAUGGCAUAACAGCUUUGUGUCAGCAACUACGCCUUAACCAGCAGUGUAUUGAUAUUUCCUGCAAUUUUUUUAAGAUGGCACUCGCUCGUCACCUUACAAUUGGUCGUCAAUCUGCACUUACACAAGCUGCAUGUGUUUAUAUGACAUGCAGAACAGAGGGCACUGCCCAUCUCUUAAUAGAUGUCAGUGAUGCUCUUCAGUUAUGCUGCUACCAGUUAGGACGUACUUACUUUAAGUUAUCUCGAGCCCUCUGCAUCAACAUUCCUCCAAAUGAUCCGUGCCUUUACAUUCUUCGUUUCGCAUCGCAGUUGAAAUUCGAUGACAAGGAACACGAGGUUAGCAUGACUGCACUACGCUUGGUGCAGAGGAUGAAGAGAGAUUCCAUACAUUCUGGUCGGAGACCUUCCGGAGUUUGCGGUGCAGCACUUCUAAUAGCGGCUCGCUUACACGAAUUCUCACGAACAACAGCGGAUGUGGUGAGGAUCGUGAAGAUACACGAAACAACGCUCCGUAAGCGUCUCAUCGAGUUCGGGGACACGCCCUCUAGUGCUCUCACUCCCGACGAGUUCAUGACCGUGGACCUGGAGGAAGAACAAGACCCUCCCGCCUUUAAAGCGGCGAGGAAGCGAGAUAAAGAUAGAUUACAGAAGUUAAUCGAAGAAGAAGAUGGGGAAAAGGAACUGACAGACCUCCAGAGAGAUAUAGAAGCACAACUAGAAAAAGAUACCACGAGAAGAAGAAAACCCAACCUAAACUCAUCUCCAGGAGCCCAUUUAUUUGGAAUAGAUGAUUGUUCUUCAGAAGACGCGGAGGCGUCUCGGUUUGCGACAGAGAACACUCUGUCUCUCAUCGGUGAAAUCACCAAAGAUGUACAGCCGACAGAUAUCACUAGUACAAAGAAUGAUUUGGAGAAAGGACUGGGUCCAGAAUUAGCGGUAAUUGGUUUGGGUCAACAAGAGGAUAAGUCAGACCCUUUCCUCAAACCUGAUAACAAACAAUCGUUCAACAAAGAUCUACAUAAUGCAGAAGACUUACUCUUAAGCCACCAAGAUGAAGAGUAUAUAAGCUCACUUAUAAUGUCAGAAGAAGAAGCAAGGCAUAAAACGCUUCUGUGGCAUAACAUUAAUGCUGAAUAUUUAAAGGAACAGAAAAUCAAAGAGGAGAUACGUGCGAGAGAGAAGGAAGAGGGCAAAGAUAGGAAGAAAAAAGUGAGAGGGUCGUAUAAAAAAAAAGUCGCUUGCAACGCCGCAACAGCCGGAGAGGCGAUUGGUAAAAUGCUUGCGGAAAAGAAAAUGAGUUCAAAGAUUAACUACGACAUACUGAAGACGUUAGAUCAGCCCGCAGUGACAGCGAGCCCUAGCACGCCUGUGAAGGUUGCGUCAAGUGAAUCGGAGUCAGUGAUGUCGACAGUAGUGGAGACGGCGUUAAACUCGCCAGUGCCCCACAAACGGAGGAAGAAAGUCGCGCCUACCUUCAACGUAGUACAAUCUAGCCCCGCCCCCGCAACCCCCUCGCCAGCUACCCCCGCGCCCGCUACCUCUGCACCUGCCACCCCCGCGUCCGCUACCCCUGUUACACCAGCUCCGGCCACGCCACAAGCUCAGGAUGCAGAUGACUACGAUGACGACAUAGAAGCCGAGGCUGAAAACAACGAUCAGCUUUCACUAGCAGCCAUGUUGAAAGAUGCCGAUGAUGAAGAUUACUACGGCUAUGAUGAAUAUUAGUGAUAUUUUAACGAUACAUAUUUACUUACUUGUAUAUAAUAUUUAUUUAAGUACUGCUGUACAUAAAUGCCAAAAACUUACACUAAUUGAUUUAGUCCGUAAGUGUAUAUUUUGUUUUACAUUAGGUGUAAAAAUAAAUUAGCGAUAUUUGCGUCGAUUGCUGAGGCAUUUAAGUAAUAAUUUAGGUUGUUUGACUUUAUGAAUAAAGUAUGAUAGUGUACAUCCACGCAGUGCUUUAUUUAGUGGAUACAUUAUGACAGUUUAAAAGUGUUUUUUUUUUUGCGUAUGUAUUUAUUAAGAGAUUCUGAACGACUAAAUUGAAUCUCAAAUCAUUGAAAUCAUAAAAAAAUUCGAAUCGGUUUCAAAAGCACAUUUGAACGGUCAUUUUACAAAUUAAAAUUAUAUUCGUAAAUUAGUUGUAGUUAAUGCGAAGCUACCACCGAUUCGUCAAUAAAUAUGUGUCAGUAUAAUUUCUUGCAAAUGGUUGUAUUGUCAAUGUUGCAAAGCAACACAAAGAGUUUUGAUACUUUGUAAAGAUAUUUCUUAUAUAUUUUUAUACAAAAUAUUUUUUAAAACAUUAGCGUGUAGAAUCGGUUUUAAUGUUUAGUGUAUUAAUAAAUUUUGUGCUGUAUUGUUACAAUUGUCUAGUCUCACGUGGUGAGUGUGAAAGAAAAGAUUUAAGUUGUCAUCGCUCCGUUCAUCUUUACAUUGAAGAAGAAAUAUCUAGGAAUAUUUUCCAUACUAUUUAGUUUUCCUCAUAUUGUAGCCCAAACCAUAGAACUAGAAAAUAUCAUUUACACAUUUACUACAUUUACAUUUUACACUUAAAGCCCAGUAGUACUAGAAUAAAGUGUUGUAGCUGGCACAGCUAUUCCUUUUUUUAUUUUGCUGUCAUCCAUACAUCCAAAAGUAGUAUUCAAAAACAAAAAAAAAAAAACUGUAUAAGAUAUUUAAUUUGUAGUUUGAUGUGUACUCUGUAUAAAAGUUUGUAUUUUAUAGCAUAUUAAUGCAUUGUUAUAAAAAUAUACGAGAUUUAAGAGUAA